CGUAGUUGUAGAAGACAGACAGGCACUCAGCAACCAGUAUGCGUUUGGCGGGAUACCUAGCAGUGGUCGUGGCGUCCGCGGCCGUGACAAAUGGACAGUAUAUUGGAUUCGGCGUGCCGGGCCAGGGGCUCGUGGACAGUCUUAACGGUCUCAUCAGUGGAGGGGGUUUCCCGGUAGGCAAUUUCCCAGGCCAAGGAAACCACUUCCCAGGCCAAGGGGGCCAUUUCCCAGGCCAGGGAGGACAUUUCCCAGGCCAGGGAGGUCAUUUCCCAGGCCAGGGAGGCAACUAUCCGGGCCAAGGAAGCUGCAAAUAUUGGUGCAGGUCACCCGAGAAUCAGUACUACUGCUGCGACCGAGGCAACAACCAGGGCCAAGGAAACUAUCCAGGUUCCAAACCAGGUUUCUGCCCCGCUGUGCGAGACGUCUGCCCGCCGACCCGCUUCGGAGUCGGCCGCCCCAUCCAGUGCGCCCACGACGGCCAGUGUUACGGCACCAGCGACAAAUGCUGCUUCGACAGAUGCCUCGGGGAACACGUGUGCAAGCCUGCCACGUACUACACCGGCCGGUAGAAGUCGUUUUCCAACACGAGACGUCUGGAGCGGGUGGACCUCUUGCCACUUGUAUGACGUCACUGUGAUUGCAUAAUCCAGCCUGUUUUCAGCCUCAUACCUGUUCUUAUACUGUUAUAAUUUAUUAAACCAUUGUUAUUUAAAAUCC